ACGAGUACGCGCACUGCUGCUCUCAGUAUACCCGCAUCAGGGGAGACAUGCAUAAGAAAAUAUACAUGGUGUAAUCAUGUGAACAAAUAAUUCGUGACCUUGAGUUAAGUAGCAAGUCAUGGUUAUACUGUGGAAAGAUAUCUGUGUAGUGUUAGUGGUCACUAACAAGCUCAAACAAGCUGAUUUUCGGUGGUUCUCUAUUAACUGUUGAACAUUCUCAGUGAAGUUCUCCAAGCUGUGGUCACCAGACUCUCGGUGAAAUGCAGUGGUGGGUAGCAGUGCUGGUGUGUGCUGCAGUGUUGCAGACAGUGCUGGCUAGCAAAGUGCUCUUCAUGGCACCCAUCUGUUCUCGAAGCCACUUAAAUUUUUUUAUGGGCAUCGUUAAUGCCUUGGCUGACGAUGAUAACCAGGUUACGGUGGUGUCUCCAUAUAAGUCAUCGAAGGAACGGAAUAAUGUGCGCGAGGUGGUCCUGACGGGCGUGGAUGUACUCGACAAGAUGCCAAAUCUGUUCACUGGAAAUAAAAUUUUUACCUUAUCCUCAGUGUUUACUCAUAUGCCAAGUCUGUGUGCUGACGCUCUAGGAGCGAAGAAUGUUCAGAAUUUACUGAAGGAAGAUUUUGAUUUGAUUAUCCUCAGCGUGUUUAUGUCCGACUGUUUUUUGGCAGUUGUACAUCAGCUGAAGGUUCCCUUUAUAUACGUGAGUCCAGCAGGGUUGAUGGGUCCACGUUCAUCAAUGAUAGGUAACCCACGGUUUCCUUCCUAUGAUCCAUCUCAUAUGUUAGAUUACAAACAUCCUCUGACCUUCAGACAGCGAGCAAUCAGCACUCUGUCUGAAGCUGCUAUGGACGUGUUGCUCACAUAUGCUUAUGGCAGGAGACUGGAGGCUGAGUGUCGCCAGCGUGGCCUCUGUCCUGAUGAUAUGCCUAGUCUAUCAGAAAUUCGCCUUAAUACUAGUCUUCUACUGUUAACAGUGUACAAACAAUCGAUUACCCAGCUCGUCCAGUUGUUCCUGCCGUGGUACAUUGUGGGGGCAUACAUAUCCGUCCAGCAAAACCUCUCCCACAAGUACCGCACUAUCCUGGUUCAAGUGUUUGCUUCCCUCAAGCAGAGAGUCCUGUGGAAGUGGGAUAAGGACACUAUGGAUGACCUGCCCCCAAAUGUCCGUCUUGGCAAGUGGCUCCCACAACAAGAUAUUCUCGGUAAGGAAAAUGAUCCAAUAUAG